CGAGAGAGCGAGGGAGAGCGGCGGGAGGGCGGGGGGCGGGGGCGCCGGCCGCGGGUGGGAGGAGAGACCGGGAGGCCGGGCUGUGCCCCGGGUCGCCGCGCCGCGACCUGCAGACCCCGCAGCCGCGGUCCGGCCCGGGUCCCACGCCCCCGCCGCCCCGCGCACCCAACUCCACGGGCCGCCCUGCCCGUCCCGUGCGCUUGCAGACCCCGGGGCGGCUGCCGGGAGGAUGCUGGAAGAAACUUCUUAAAUGACCGCGUCCGGCUGGCCGUGGAGCAUUUCUGGGUUGGGGAGAGGAAAGGAAAGUGGAAAAAAACUGAGAACUUCCUGAUCUCUCUUGCUGUGAGACAUGUCUGAGACUCCUGCUCAGUGUAGCAUUAAGCAGGAACGAAUUUCAUACACCCCUCCGGAGAGCCCGGUGCCUAGUUACGCGUCCUCGACUCCGCUUCAUGUUCCAGUGCCUCGCGCGCUCAGGAUGGAGGAAGACUCGAUCCGCCUGCCAGCGCACCUGCGCUUGCAGCCAAUUUACUGGAGCAGGGAUGACGUAGCCCAGUGGCUCAAGUGGGCUGAAAAUGAGUUUUCUUUAAGGCCAAUUGACAGCAACACAUUUGAAAUGAAUGGCAAAGCUCUCCUGCUGCUGACCAAAGAGGACUUUCGCUAUCGAUCUCCUCAUUCAGGCGAUGUGCUCUAUGAACUCCUGCAGCAUAUUCUGAAGCAGAGGAAACCUCGGAUUCUUUUUUCACCAUUCUUCCACCCCGGAAACUCUAUCCACACACAGCCAGAGGUCAUACUGCACCAGAACCACGAGGAAGAUAACUGUGUCCAGAGGACCCCACGGCCAUCAGUGGAGAACCUGCACCACAACCCUCCCACCAUUGAACUGUUGCAUCGCGCUAGAUCACCCGUCACAACCAACCACCGACCUUCUCCGGACCCAGAGCAGCGGCCCCUCCGGUCCCCCCUGGACAACAUGAUCCGCCGCCUCUCCCCAGUGGAGAGAGCCCAGGGGCCGAGGCUCCACCAAGAGAACAACCACCAGGAGCCCUACCCUCUGUCAGUGUCUCCCAUGGAGAAUAACCACUGCCCACCGUCCUCUGAGUCCCACCAGAAGCCUUCCAGCCCCCGGCAGGAGAGCACGCGGGUGAUCCAGCUGAUGCCCAGCCCCAUCAUGCACCCUCUUAUCCUGAACCCCCGGCACUCUGUGGAUUUCAAGCAGUCCAGGCUCUCCGAGGACGGGCUGCACAGGGAAGGGAAGCCCAUCAACCUCUCUCAUCGGGAAGACCUGGCUUACAUGAACCACAUCAUGGUCUCUGUCUCGCCACCCGAGGAGCAUGCCAUGCCCAUUGGGAGAAUAGCAGACUGUAGACUGCUUUGGGAUUACGUCUAUCAGCUGCUUUCUGACAGCCGGUACGAAAACUUCAUCCGAUGGGAGGACAAAGAAUCCAAAAUAUUCCGGAUAGUGGAUCCCAAUGGACUGGCUCGACUGUGGGGAAACCAUAAGAACAGAACAAACAUGACCUAUGAGAAAAUGUCCAGAGCUCUGCGCCACUACUACAAACUAAACAUUAUCAGGAAGGAGCCAGGACAAAGGCUUUUGUUCAGGUUUAUGAAGACCCCAGAUGAAAUCAUGAGUGGCCGGACAGACCGCCUGGAGCACCUUGAGUCGCAGGAGCUGGAUGAACAGAUCUACCAAGAAGACGAAUGCUGAAGGAGCUAACACCCCACCUCAGCAGGCCGGCAGCGGAGGACACCCCGCCCCCCGGGAGUGCUGGAGGAGCCACGGGGCGGGCGGGCUGGGGAGAGGUGGGAAGGAGGAGGCCCGGAAAGGGGAGCAACACUUCUCUUGCAUACCAGGAGGGACCCCAGAGCACCUUAGACAAACCACCCAGCGACGGCGGGGCUGGAACUCUGGCAGCGGGCACGGGCCUGGGACUCGCGUUUCACGUUUCCUUCUCAUCUGCAAUCUGUCCAUCUGUAAUUCCUCACCCUCACCCUUCCACUUAUUGUUAGUUUCAUGGCAUUUCUGGUUUUGUUUUUGUUUUUAAGAACAUGCAGUUUAACUUUUCAUCAUUCAUAUAAAGGAAGACAUCUGAUGUUGUUUUCCUAUGGAAAUAUGUCUAUUAUAUAUAUAUAUUUUUUUUGCAAAUCUCACCAAGUGCGGCAAGCCCAGCUGGUCAGGAAAGGGAAUCCUUGCAAAAGUCUUCAGGUUCCUCUUUUUCCUGCCAUGGGGAUCAGGUUUGUUCCAGUUGGGUCUUGGCUGAAGGUUAAAAAAAAAAAGAAGAUAAAGUGAAAAAGGGAGCUUUUUUCCCCCUCUCUUGCUUGCUUUCCUUCCCUCUUUUCUCGUCUCCAUCCUGCCUGCCUGCCAUUGAGUGUCAGACACCUUUCAGCAGAGCGCAGUCUCUUGGAGGGUCUUGGGAAUUGUUGGCACCUGAACACUUCGUGGCUGGCACCCCAAUAUCAGAUCCAGAUUCCAGCAUUUGGUCACCCAUCCGAGAGAGGCAAAAAAACAUCCCAGAUGCUGCUGUACUCCAGAAAGAUCAGGGCUGGUCUACUAGGCCACCCCUAAAAUGUCGUGAGAGCCACGUGGCUCAGUGGUUCUACUGAGCAUGAGAUAAGGAGGAAAGGCAGUCGAACUUAUGUGGAAGGCUCCCACGUCCUGGGAUUAGCUUGCAAGUGCUGCAAAGUAGAAAAUCUCUAAAUGCCAUGUGGGCCUGGCAGUUCUCAAACUGGGUGAAAAUAUUCUGCCAUGGGGACUUAUUUUUCCAAAGCAGGUUGUUGAGGCUAGCUGAGAGGAAAAAGCUCUUCUCAGCACCAUUCCAGAGGCCAUCUUGUGGUCAUACCCUCACCUGAUUUUUUUUUUUUUUUAAAUUCUUAGCCUUUUUGAGUGUUUCCUGGUCCCAUCUGGGACCACUUAAGAGGGAGGGCUCCCCACGUACAGCCUCAGUUGCAAUCCCUGCUGCCCACCCUGGUCAGACAGAAGUUUCCUUCCUCAUUGUGCUGGAGAAAGGACCCAUUUGUGGCUCUUUCCCAUCUCAAGGUAAGGUUGGUAGCAUCUUGUGAAAUGAGGCAAAUGCCCAUCCUUAGUACUUUUGAUGAUAACAUUUUUAGAGAACUGUUUUAGGUUGUUUGUUUUUUUUCCUUUUCUAGCCUUCUAAUCGACUCUUUCACUGUAGGUUCAGCCAUCCAAUACAAGGAUGUCUUUUACCCAAAAGACUUACAAAGCCGCCCUCCCCCCACCCCCCACCUUCAUUUCUUUCUGUUUCCUCUACUCAGUUGGGUGAGAGUCUCAUGGCUACUCCAGUGAAAACCCUGCCCUCUCAGCAGCAACUCCUGCUGAAGCAGCCAGACCCCUGGGCUCCCCAUGAGCCAUUUCUGAGUUGACUCCGGCAUGCAGAGCUUGGGGCACACGAGCCAGAAGAAUUCCUCACUGGCCUUACUGACAAGGACACCAGCAGGGGGGGCAGGGGGGUGAGCAAGUAGAUGGAGUACGGCUUAAGGACAUUGGAAUUGAGGAGGUGAUUAGGGCUCUUUGGUCUUGCUUGUUCCUGCCUCUUAUGGACACACAAGAUGGCCAGCUCCCCUGUCCCCUCAUCACACACUCCCCCCACUCUCACUUCCAAGAAUUCUUGGCUUGAGGUCAGGGACUGUCUGUGAGAGGUUAGAGGGUCCCCAUGAUGAAGGAAAUGAUGAAGAAAGUCCCAGCAUGACUUUCAAGACUGUUCAGCUCACUGUGAUAUGUGUUCCAGCCUCUAAGGUGACUGAUGAUGUAGCUCAGAUGCAUAGAAUGAGCCCAAUACCAGCUGUGCUGUGGGCGCCACUGAGUCUUUACUGAAGGGCAGUGUAAGGGCUGGAGAAAAAGGCUGAAAUCAGAGACCAGGGCAUGAGGUUCCUCUUCCCUAAGAUUAGGACAUCUCAUUCUGGCCACUUUUACCCAGGAGAAGUCCUCAGUGUCUUACUCUUCAAAGAAUCUUAUGGUUCAAUUAUGGAGGAAAAUUCCUUUUGCCCCAAGAAAAUCUGUACUUAAAGCAAUAUCCUAUGAGGAUAUAUUAGACUUAGGAUGACACCUUCAGCCACCUGAGGAAAUAGCAGAAGGUCCCCUUUCCCGAGGAUCUUCUUUCCCAUUCAGAUAUUACCAAUUGUGAUCUGCUGCUGAUCCCUUAAUACAAAAGUCCUUUUCGUGUGUUCUUUGAGGGAAGACCUAGGUAGUGCUGACACCAGGAUACAGUGUUUGCAACACUACAGGCCCCAAAGAUUUCACAUUCAAUUUAGCAAUUCUUUAUGAAGCCCCCACUAGCCUGUGUGAAUCAGAAUGACUCAGGCACAGUAUCUCUACCCGGUUGGAAGCUUACACUCUACUUGCAGAAUCCAUCUAGCAUGAAAUGUCUCUUUUUAACACUAAGUGCUAGGGAUGAAAAAUUUCACCUGGGACCAAAUUAAAUGCUCAUCUAGGCUCUGAAUGGUUGGACCUUCCCCCUUUGUCGUCAGGGGACUAUUCUUGGCUCACAAAAUCAGAAAUCAGGAAGGAAAAGGCAGAGCUGUACAGGGAGAGAAGCGCUUCCUCCAACUAUGUCAGGGAAGAGGCCUCUCACUUUUAUCUUGCAGUUGUCUAGCAACCUGGGGUUGGCCAGCUUUGCUCCUCUCCAUCAGAAGAAAGCAGUAACAAGUGGCUGAACUGGUGAUGUCGAAGGUGACGUUAUCCCUAAUAUCUUUUUGACCCAAAUCUACCCAGUCCAGACUAAGGCAGCAUCACCAAUGUUCCAAAGCCCUUUGAGGGCUCCUUACAGGAAAAAAGGAAUGAAAGACUGAUGGAUGUCUCCUUUUUUGGUAUGUUUGGAACCCUUUGGUCCAUUGUCUUUUUACACUGCUAGCUCACCCAAAUGGGAAUGUAACUUUAGCUGAAAUUUAAAUGGCCAUGACUGAAUUUACCUAAAUGACUAAGGAAUCACCAUUUCCACCUUUUGCUGCCUCAGAUCCAACCUUCAAUACAUUUUUGAAACAUUAACUCCCUUUUGCAGAAGGGAAACCUGAGUAUCAGAGAGGGAAGGUAACUUGUCCUGGGGCACACAGCAUGUCCAGCAAAGAACUAGCAUUGAGAUCCAGCCCAGCCUUGCCCGCCCCCCCCCACACACACACAACCCCACUACCCCCUAUUUGACCCAUUCCCACUUAGGAAGCUGAAUAUAAAAGGUUUUUUUU